AGAAUGCCUGCACCACACAUAAACCUCUAACUUGAAUCCAACUCUUCACUUUCCAGGUGAUGUCUCUGUUUAGAAGACGGUAUUAGUAGAGGUUAAAAGAGGUGGGAAAAUAUCUGAAGAUCUUACUGUUGGCGAGGGAGUGGAAAACGUUGGGGGAACAUGUCUAAUGAGAUCGAUUUUAGGUCUGUGCGCUUUCUGAAGAAUGACGGGAUGGGCUUCCAGAAAUACCCCUACGCGAAUGAAGACGAGGCUUGGAAGAGCUACCUGGAGAACCCUCUGACAGCAGCCACCAAGGCUAUGAUGAGGGUUAAUGGAGAUGACGACAGCGUGGCUGCCCUGAGUCUCCUCUAUGACUAUUACAUGGUUCCAAAGGAGAAGAGGAUCCUUCCUUCUGGGACAACGGGGCGCAACGAACUUGGGAAGAGGCACUGCCACGGGAUGGAGUACGAACCCGAGAUUUCUUCCUUUGAAAACUCCACUCACAUCAUGAAGCUCCUGGCCGAAAAUGUUUCCAUGAACCAAGAGUAUCUCGAUGUGCCCAAGAAGAAUGGCUUAGGGAUGGAGGGCAUCCCCUCUCCUCACAAGCCGCCUGCCUUGCCCCCGGGCACCAGCAAGCUGGAAGCCAGUCCCGAGAACUAUAUGCUAACCUCGGGGGAUGUGUAUGACAACAGCUCGCUCAAUUCCCUCUUUGACGCGAUUCACGUGGCUCCGCCGCAACAGAGGUGGCAACCGGACAGCACAUUCAAAGAAGACCCUCAGGAGUCAUUGAUCUUCAAUGAUAUCCUGAAGUCCCAGACAGAUGCACCGUGUUCAGAGAGUUAUUCCGCCAAUGAUGCCAAGAGUGACUUUGAAUAUAUGUUGGGAUCCCCUAAAGCUAUUCACAUCAAAUCGGGUGACUCACCCAUGGCCUACCUCAACAAAGGACAGUUCUACCCAGUCACGCUUCGGACAGCUGCAGAAGCGAAAUGUUUACACCUGUCCUCUAAUAAAGUGAAGAGUGUUGUGAUGGUGGUUUUUGACAAUGAAAAAAUUCCAGUGGAGCAGCUCAAGUUCUGGAAGCACUGGCAUUCACGUCAACCUACAGCUAAACAGAGAGUCAUCGAUGUUGCUGACUGUAAAGAGAAUUUCAAUACUGUGCAGCAUAUUGAGGAGGUGGCUUACAACGCCUUGUCCUUCGUCUGGAACAUUGCUGAAGAAGCAAAGGUGUUUAUCGGCGUCAACUGCUUGAGCACAGAUUUCUCCUCCCAGAAAGGCGUCAAGGGAGUCCCUCUGAACCUCCAGAUAGACACUUAUGACUACAGUACUGGGACGAACCGGCUUAUUCACCGAGCUGUCUGCCAGAUCAAAAUAUUCUGUGAUAAGGGAGCAGAGAGGAAAAUGCGAGACGAUGAACGCAAGCAGUUCAGGAGGAAGGGAAAAUGCCUGGACGCCAAUAACAAUGGUCUGAAAAGCUGUUUGGUUUCGGGCUUCCGAGGCAAUGAAAUAACGUAUCUCAAGCCACAGGCUGACUUGGAAACCCAGCCCGUCCUGUUUAUUCCAAACGUCCACUUUUCAAACCUCCAGAGAUGUGGAACGGCAUUACCCACCGCUGGUGUUCCACAUGACUCUAGCAGGUUGCCUUUAAAGAGGAGCUGCCCUUCAUUUCCUGAUGAAUUUGACCCUUUAGCUUCAAAGCAAGCCAAAGAGGAAGACCCUCAACGAGUCUUGCUCUAUGUACGAAGAGAAUCGGAGGAGGUUUUCGAUGCUCUCAUGCUGAAGACGCCAGACCUCAAAGGCCUGAGGAAUGCUAUUUCAGAAAAAUACGGUCUGCCUGAAGAGAGCAUCUAUAAAGUCUAUAAAAAAUGCAAGCGAGGAAUCCUGGUGAAUAUGGACAACAACAUAAUUCAACACUACAGCAACCACAUGGCUUUUUUACUUGACGUAGUUGAAGCAGAGGACAAGUUCCAGGUGACCCUCAAGGAGCUCUAAGGACUCAAAAAGGCUACACUUCUGCUGGGAGGCCACUUGUGAAACUGAGCUCGAUCCACUAGCAAACCACCCCAUAGUCAAACCAUCAGCUCAAAGCAUUUAACUUGAACACCCUCCCUUUUGGAGGGAGGGAGCAAGAGAGAGACAGAACCAAGGCUCCACAUGUGAAGAUUGCUUUGAAGAUCCAUUCUCAGUGUGAAUGUGGAACUGUCCAUUGAGGAGUUGCUGUUGCUGUUGUUUUAUACUUUAUUUUUAUUAUGAUCCUCUGCCAGGCAAUCAAUACUGAGCUUUUUUACUUUUCCGCACUUAGGGAAGAACCAACUUCUUUCAGGCAGGGGAACGACCCAUUGCCUGUCUUGGCUCUCUGAACUGCCAAACUAGCAAACAAGAGACUGUCACAAUUGCAUAUGGAUAUUACCAAAUAUGCCUACACACAAGCACACACAUAACCUUACAUUUUCUCACUGCCUUACUACUUGCCCUUAUGACCCUGGAUGUAAAUACCUGCAAGAGAAGUACCUGGCCAGAGUGACCUUUUUAUACAUUUCUGAUUCCAUUUGUUAUUUUAUAAAUAUAUAUAUAAUAAUUAUAAUAAUAAUAUCUCUCUCUCUCUUUCUGUGUGUAUAUGUAUAAAUAGUAUCUUGUUUUAUACUGAACUUGACAAUGGAGGAAGGUAGAGCAUUUCAAAACCAGGCUGCUUCAUAAUUCCCCAGGGUUGUUGUCUUUGUUUGUUUUGUUUUUUCUGUUCAUUUUUGUAAAAAAAAAGUAAAAAAAAAGUGUAUGUUAUUAUUAUGGUAAUAAAGAUUCAAAGACUGAAAGCAA